GAGAAUGGAGGCCCCCUGCAAUUAUGCAUCUUUAAUAUUCUUAACUACCUCUUGCAGGCAGGGAAGAAGGUGGACCUGUGCAUUUUCUUGUUCAACAUGGGCCUUUGGGAAGAUAAAAGAGUGGAUUGAUUAAUUUCCACAGGCACACAAACACAUCACAGAUCGAUGGCAUCUGAUGAAGAUACAGCAAGUGAAAAGCCUCAUGCUGUGUGUAUCCCAUUCCCAGCACAGGGCCAUAUAAACCCUAUGCUAAAGCUGGCCAUUCUCCUGCACCACAAAGGCUUUAAGAUCACUUUUGUCAACACAGAACACAACCACAGACGCUUAAUCAAAUCCAAAAGCCUCCACUUUUUUAAUAGUCCACUUCCAGAUUUCGAUUUUAGGACAAUCCCAGAUGGCCUUCCUCCUAUUGAUGAUAGUGCAAUGCAUCAAAUUCCGUCUCUCUGUGAUUCUACUCAGAAAAAUUGCUUAGCCCCUUUUCGCCUCCUACUUGCACAACUCAACGUUACUGCUUCACCAAAUUCAAAGGUUACUUGCAUUGUUUCUGAUGCUAUCAUGACUUUUGCACUUGAAGCUGCCCAAGAAAUUGGUGUGCCUUGCGCGCUACUAAGGACUACCAGUGCAGCCAACCUAUUGUGUUAUCUACAAAUACCUUCUCUUAUUGAAAAGGGAAUAUGCCCUCUCAAAGAUGAAAAGUAUUUGACGAGUGGCUAUCUAAACAGUACUGUUAUAGACUGGGUUCCUGGCUUGAUACAUCUUUCUCUUGGAGAUUUUCCUACCUUCGUUCGCACAACAGAUGCCAAUGAUCUGAUGUUAAACUUCAUUAUCAACGAAUCAAAACGAGCUCUAAAAGCAGCAGCCAUUAUUAUCAACACAUAUGAUGCACUUGAAAACAAUGUUCUGAAUGCACUGUCCUCUCUUUGCCCCCCACUCUACCCCGUAGGCCCUCUUCAGCUACUCACUCAUGGCAGAAAAGUUGAACCCCUUGGUUCCAGCUUGUGGAAAGAAGAGCCCGAGUGCCUAGACUGGUUGAGCACCAAGGAUCCAGAAUCAGUACUUUACGUGAACUUUGGCAGCGUAGCAUCCAUAACCAGCCACCAAUUGAUUGAACUUGCAUGUGGACUUCGUAAUAGUGGAAAGAAUUUUCUAUGGAUAGUAAGAGAAGACCUAGUAAUGGGGGAGUCCUCAGCGUUGCCACCGCAGUUCAAGGAGGAGACGAAAGGAAGAUGUUUCAUUGCAGGCUGGUGCGAUCAGGAACAAGUCCUGAAACAUCCUUCUGUGGGCGGAUUUUUGAGUCACUGUGGAUGGAACUCGAUCGGAGAUAGCCUGUCGAGUGGGGUGCCCAUAAUUUGUUGGCCGUUCUUUGGAGAUCAGUUUCUUAAUAGUAGAUAUGCAUGCAGUGUCUGGGGUACUGGAAUGGAGAUUGGUAAUGAUGUGAAUAGAGAUGAAGUGGAGCGUGUUGUGAGAGAAUUAAUGGAUGGAGAUAAGGGUAAAGAGAUGAAGAAAAGAGCUAAAGAGUGGAAGGAGAAAUCAGAGGAAGCCUGUGGAUCAGAGGAAGCCUGUGGUUCAGCGUGGAUGAAUUUGGACAAAUUAAUCCACAACGUUUUACUGGUCAAAGGAAAUAACUGCUUAAUUUAAAUCCAGUACUAAGUAGUAUGCUGUACAACAGUCCUUAAUGAAUUUAAUCUCAAGUUGGCUUAUGUGAGCACCACUUGAAAGAAUAAUGAAUGUUUAACGCCAACCUCCAAUUAAAUGGUCAUUAAAUCUUUAGGCUUAAUAUCUAUGAUUUAACGGGACGAUUAUAGUGCUGCUACUUAAAUGUAUUGGUGCUAGAUAAGAUAUGUUGUCCCAGCUUACCGUUCUAUUGAUCAUGGAAGAAGGUGCAAUUUGUUAUCCA